CUCAGCGUCAGUAGAAAAAUGCGAUCAAACGCCGGAAACGGAAAUCUUAGCAAAAUGAAUUCGGAUAUUUUAAACAGCUAAUCAUUUUAUAUUUGUGACCGGGCCGUUGAAGAAUAUAUAGGUUGUUUUGCAGAUUGAUACCUGUAACAGUACACAUGGCAGUGGCAGGUAAAAAUGACUUUGCAGUUCUCAACACCGGGCGGAAAAUGCCUCUCCUCGGGCUAGGAACUUGGAAGAGCGAACCUGGCAAGGUGAAACAGGCAGUGGUGUGGGCUUUGCAUGCUGGCUACCGUCACAUCGACUGUGCUGCCAUCUAUGGCAACGAGGUGGAGAUUGGCGAGGCUCUGCAGGAGACGCUUGGCCCUGACAAAGCCCUGAGGCGAGAGGAUGUGUUUAUCACCUCUAAGCUGUGGAACACACAGCAUCACCCAGAGGAUGUUGAGCCCGCUCUGCUUAAGACACUGAAGGAGCUGAGGCUGGAGUACCUGGAUCUCUACCUCAUCCACUGGCCCUACGCUUUCCAACAAGGUGACGCUCCUUUCCCUAAGUCAGAGGACGGCAUCCUGCUGUAUGACGACAUCGACUACAAGCUGACUUGGGCUGCCAUGGAGAAGCUGGUGGGAAAGGGCAUGAUCAGGGCUAUCGGCCUGUCCAACUUCAACAGCAGACAGAUAGACGACGUGCUGUCUGUAGCCAACAUCAAACCCACUGUGCUUCAGGUGGAAAGCCAUCCGUAUCUGGCUCAGGUGGAGUUGCUGCAACACUGCCGGAACAGGGGCCUGGUGAUGACAGCGUACAGCCCACUGGGGUCACCGGAUCGGGCAUGGAAGCAUCCUGACGAGCCCGUCCUCCUGGAUGAACCAGCCAUCGGCACCCUGGCCAAGAAGUACAACAAGUCCCCAGCACAAAUUAUCAUUAGAUGGCAGACGCAGCGAGGAGUGGUGACGAUCCCUAAAAGUGUGACAGAGGCUCGGAUCAAAGAGAAUAUCCAGGUGUUUGACUUUACCCUUGAAGCAGAAGAGAUGAAGUGUAUAACAGGAUUGAACAAAGGCUGGCGCUACAUUGUACCAACCAUCACAGUUGAUGGGAAGCCCGUCCCCAGGGAUGCAGGACAUCCACACUACCCUUUCAUUGACCCAUACUGAGUAAAUCCCUAACUGCUGCCCACUUGUGCCUUGGGAACCCCCUCUCCUUCCUCAACCCCAUCCUAGGCUGUGUCCCAAUUAAAUGGCUUCCUUUCGUCAUAAUCCUCCUGCGUGACAACUGAUUUGAGAAGUAUUUUUUUUUAGGGGAAAGAAGGUUGGUAGAAAGAAAGUCCAACUCUUGUCAGAUCAGUUGUCAUGGUGGCGGGGAAAGAGUGCUUUAGGGUGUAUUAGGACAUAGCAUCUGUGUUCUUCGUAAUAAAAAUGUUUUGUUACUGCCCUUGAA